AUGAGGCAACAGGUUAAUUCAUUUCCUCUGCCAAAGUCACUGCAAUCAAGUGAUGCUGAUUUACCUGAAGGGUACAGUGUUUGGAGAUGUGAGAUCACUCUUCCAAGAAGAUCUAUGAAUUUUUCUCUCUCUCUCUUUGUACUGUUUCCUUUCUCUCUCUCUCUCUCUCUCUCUUUGUACUGUUUCCUUUCUCUCCCUCUCUCUCUUUGUACUGUUUCCUUACUCUCCCUCUCUCUCUUUGUACUGUUUCCUUACUCUCCCUCUCUCUCUUUGUACUGUUUCCUUACUCUCCCUCUCUCUCUUUGUACUGUUUCCUUACUCUCCCUCUCUCUCUUUGUACUGUUUCCUUACUCUCUCUCUUUGUACUGUUUCCUUACUCUCCCUCUCUGUACUGUUUCCUUUUUCUCUCUCCCUCUCUGUACUGUUUCCUUUCUCUCUCUCUUUGUACUGUUUCUUUUUCUCUCUCUCUUUGUACUGUUUCCUUUUUCUCUCUCUCUUUGUACUGUUUCCUUUUCUCUCUCUCUUUGUACUGUUUCCUUUUUCUCUCUCUCUCUCUUUGUACUGUUUCCUUUUUCUCUCUCUCUCUUUGUACUGUUUCCUUUUUCUCUCUCUCUCUUUGUACUGUUUCCUUUUUCUCUCUCUCUCUCUUUGUACUGUUUCCUUUUUCUCUCUCUCUCUUUGUACUGUUUCCUUUCUCUCUCUCUCUCCCCACACUGUUUCCUUUCUCUCUCUCUCCCACACUGUUUCCUUUCUCUCUCUCUCCCCACACUGUUUCCUUUCUCUCUCUCUCCCCACACUGUUUCAUUUCUCUCUCUCUCUCCCCACACUGUUUCAUUUCUCUCUCUCUCUCCCCACACUGUUUCAUUUCUCUCUCUCUCCCACACUGUUUCAUUCUCUCUCUCUCUCCCCACACUGUUUCCUUUCUCUCUCUCUCCCCCCACUGUUUCCUUUCUCUCUCUCCCCACACUGUUUCCUUUCUCUCUCUCUCCCCACACUGUUUCCUUUCUCUCUCUCUCUCCACACUCUUUCCUUUCUCUCUCUCUCCCCACACUCUUUCCUCUCUCUCUCUCUCUCUCUCUCUCUGCCCUCACCAUUUCCUUUUUCUUAUUUUUUAUUCUUAUUGGGCAUUUUUUCCCCUCCCUUUCAGAUGAUUUACUCAGUGAUGUGCUAGUCUGUGAUACAUUUGGUAAUAUUGAUGACAAGGACUGCAUCAGCAAAGGUUGGCUCACAAUGCAGACAGAAGUGAAUCUUCGUAUUGUACCAGGGUGUAUCACUUUGUGGAAUGAAGACUUACAUAUAAAAUUUAUUAAGUGCACUCCUUUUGAAAUGGGACACAACAAGUCUGAACGGGCAAUCCAGUCUUGGUCUAAACUAUUUACCUAUACUCUUAAUAAAACUGACUAUAUACCGACGCUACAAGAAAAGGGUAGCCCCUAUCAUCCAGAUGAUGUCAUGAUGUUCAAGAUUCAGGUGCUUCAUACUGAAAGUUUAGUAAGUAUAAACAUAUUCUUCUUUGCUUGUUCAUCUUUCACGCUAUAG